UAGCGUAGUCACAAUAAGAGACGGUUUAGAGCCAUUAUCGUGUUUUUCCUUUCACUCAGGAUUGUUUGUCGUGUUGUUUAAGUAUGAACAGAGAUGAGGUUACAGCAGGGCGCGGGAGAAAAACAGUGGUUCCAGAUAAAGUCGACAUGUCAUUAGAUGACAUCAUUCGGUUGAACAAGAAAGAGCAGCAGCAGCAGUUUAAAAGAAGACAGGCAACUGUUAAUCGACGACCAGUUAAGAAGAAAGGCCGUUUAAUUCAAGGAAAGGGAGUUUCGUUUGGGACUGGUGGACCAGUCCAGAGAGGAGGUGGAGCAGUACCUAAAUUAAGAAACAGGAGGGUCCCUCCCCUGCUGCCGGGGCGACGACGAGGUCAGGGGGUCAUCACAGGACUGGCAGCCAGAAGGCCAACUGCACUGCUCAAACGAGUCGGCACACUGAACAGAUCAGCAAUCAACCAGAAAACAAGACAGAAAACAAAGCCCUUCAUUCAACGUCCUGAAGCACAGUACAGGAAGCCAGAGGUACAGAGGAGGCCGUACAGGCAUCCCGAUCAACAGAGAGGCCAGAACACAACAUCUGUCAGGAGACCAUUUCGGCUACAACGACGACCACUGCCCCCUGUCCAGCAGACGCAGAGAGAAGCACGCCAGGCCACGUUUCUUUUUCGCAGAGGACUCAAGGUACAGGCCCAAGUGCAAAAGCCAAAUCCCCAUCCCCGUUCUCCUCCAGCCAGAACUAGACAGUGGCGCACAUCAACAACCAACAGUGGAAUCUUGACUGUUUCAAUCGACAACCCAACAGCCCUGACUCAGCCUGAGCCUCCCUCUGCUUGGACGCUGCACCCCCCAGCUCCCAGCUCUACUCCUGUCAAAGUGGAAACUGAAGAGAAGAAAAUACCAAAAGGAGUGCCUCUGCAAUUCGACAUCAACAGUGUUGGAAAACCACAAACAUCGCUGACCUUGAAUGAGCGAUUCCGCAUCCUAAAGGAUCAGCGCACGGCCACAGCCCACAGCAGUAAAGGCAGCAGGUUUGUAACCGUGGGUUAAAGGACAAAAAGACGAUAACACUUGGCAGCCCCUUGGUCCUGCUUAGACACACGGUGGACUUGACCUUUGUGAUGGAUGGGAUGUGUUACCCACUGACUAAAGGGAAGGAGUGAAACAGUGGGAUGAAUGAGUUCAGCCUGCACAGCUGUGAGAACUGAAAUGUCAAAAGAGGAGAUUGUUUAAAAAUAAUUUCCCAUUCAUUGUCCAUAUCAUUGUACGCUGUUUGUAUUGUGGACAUCCUAACCUGGGAAGGAAAGAGCUUUUUGUUCCCUCUGGACUUGGAACUGUGGACACUGCUCAGAGAUAUGUGUUUUAAAGAGAGCACUGCUAUGUAUUUGCUGAGGUGGGGAUGGAUGUUCAGAGUAACUUUUUUGACAUUUUUCAGAAUUAUUUUGUAAAGUUUGUUCCAAUAAAGGAGUUUCUCUUACAGUA